AUGCCAUCUGUUUUUGUAUCAAAAGAUGGAACUAUUUUAACAGAAAAACCUUUUUCUGCAAGAUUAAACGAUAUUGCACAUCAAAUUUAUCUAAUUUUUAUGCUUUAUCUAAGCACUUUGUUUACGUUUGAUCCACAAAAGGGUAUUGAAAAGUAUCAUUUGAAACAAAAUACACAAAGAACUACAAAUACUUCAUCAAAUAGAUUCUCAAAUAAUCGGAAAACAUGGGGUUAUGAUUCUUCAAAUGAAAGACCUUUAGGACGACGAUUAGGUAGUAUUGAUGAUAUUCGUUUACCUCCAUGUGGUUCAUGUUGCGGAGGUAAUUAAUAUAUAAUUAUCGUAAUAAAUGCGUGUUAUAUUCAUUUAUUAAAAAAAAGCAAUUCAAGAGAAUUAUAU